AUGGAAAUACAGGCUGGACAACUACUAUGCGGGGGAUUUCAAGGAACAAAAGUAACUUCUCAAGCAUAUCAUUUGAUAGUGGAACAACAUGUUUCCUCUAUGAUUUUAUCGAGGAAAAAUGCCGUUAAUGUUGAGCAAAUGUCGAAAUUGAUUAAUGAUCUACAAUAUAUUGCAUUUACGCAAGGUAAAUACAAGUACCCCAUAAUGUUUGCUAUUGACGAGGAAGGUGGUGUCAUGAACUCGUUGUUUGAUCCCGAGUUUCUAACACAGUUUCCUAGUGCUAUGGCACUAGCUUCAACGGGUGAUCCUCAGCUAGUAUAUGAAAUAUCAAAGGCUAUUGCGAUAGAAUUGAAAAAAAUUGGGUUUUCGAUUAUCCUAGGCCCCGUUUUGGACGUGGUUACAAAGCUUUCGCAUCAGUUAAUUGGCGUGAGAAGUUUUGGUCCAACUUUGGAGGAUGUGAAAACGUACGGGUUGAUGUGCGCAUCUGGAUUGAGAGAUGGUGGUUUAUUUACUGUUGGGAAGCAUUUUCCGGGGAUAGGGAAUGCUACCGUGGACUCGUUGUUGGAGUUGCCCAUGAUUGGUGACUCCUUGGCUCAAAUAAAGCUGUUUAAUGCUGUACCAUUUGCCUACUUAAUUGAAGAAGGCUUGUUGGAUGGAAUAAGCGCAGCUGGUUGCGGUGUGCCUAAUGUGUGUCCUGAUGAGACUCAUGCCUGUUUAUCGCCAUUAAUAAUAAACCAAUUGUUAAGGCGAGAUUUGAAAUUUAACGGGUUUGUAAUUAGUGAGUGUUUGGAGAUGGAGGCAUUGUACCAUUCAAUUGGAUUAGGCCAGGGCGUUAUCUUGGCGAUAAAUGCAGGCUGUGACUUGGUUAUGGUGUGCCACGAUUUGAGGUUGCAGAAUGAGGCAAUAGACUCCAUUAAAAAGGGGAUAGCAAAUGGGAACUUGGAAGAGGAGACUGUUUUGGCUAGUUGUCAACGGAUCGAGAACUUACAAAAGAGAUUACCCAAGUGGGACGAAAUUUUUCCCCAUGGUGCUACAUCAGCAAAACAGGAUCCAGUGUUGUUCAAAAAUGAGUUCCCCGAGGCAUGGAAAAAGCAUCAGGAAAUAGCAUCACUUGCCUAUCAAAAGUCGAUUACACUUGCUAGAGAUUUUAACAAAGUGCUACCGAUUUCAAAACAUUUCAAAGGCACCAAAGUAGAAUCCAUAGUAGUGUUGAGUCCCUUGUUAAGUCCCAUUGACAUCAAGCGGAAGCUAUCGACUACAAGACCAUUGUUUGCAGGAGAGGAAGUUUUCCAGUCAUUUGGAGAGCAGUUGUCCAAUCAUCCUUUUAACAAAGACAAGUCUUUUGUGGUACUCCAUACAACUUACACGGCAAACGGAUUGACCAAGCUUCACGAACAAUUGAUUGAGCAGGCAAAAUUGGUAAUUGUAUUCACCAGUGAAGCUUCCAGAAAUAUGUAUCAGAUAGGGAUAGUAAAGUAUGUGUCAGUUUUAUGUGGCAUCAAUCCAUCUUCAUCUGCAUCCAAUACAGAGAGUGAUACUCCAAAGAAGCCGUUGGUAAUUAUUGCUACACUGUCUCCAUAUGACUUCUUUUACGACAAAAAGAUUGGAAGUACUUAUAUUUGUUGUUAUGACUACACUAAUGAUGCAUUGAGCAAAGUUGCAGGACUUCUAAUGGGCGAUUUUGAAGCCGAAGGAUGUAUUCCGGGAGAGAAUAGGGCUCCUACAAAACGAAGGCCAAGCGAAAUUGAAAGCUCCAAACAUAUCAAGCGAAAGUGGUUGGUAGACGAGUUUGACAUCAAUCGAGAUUUUACUAGUCUAGUCAAGUUAUGGAAAGAUGAUAUAGAGGACGAUGACAAUGACAAGAUUGAUUAUCAAGAUGAUAAAUUUUACAAACGAUUACAUGGAUUAUUAGCCACUUCCAAUCAAAAGCACUUUGUAGUGCGAAAUUCCUCGUUGAAUAUCUUGUACGGAACGGUUUUGACCUGGUGCGAGGGAACCACAGGAUACAUUGUAUAUCUAAUUGUGGAAAAAACCAAAAGAAUGCAAAGCAUAGGCAAGAAUUUGAACGCACGAGCAAUGCGUUAUUUAACGAGAGAAAAGAAUUGUCAGGAGAUACGUUUAGGUUGCUCUUUCCCAUUAUUGAUGUUUCCCGGAAAUAAAAGUCUCAAAAGUGGAUUAUUCUUUAAGAGGGUUGGUUGGGAAGAUAAUAGAUCUUGCAAGAAGCAUAUUAUGAUUUUGAAUAGUCUUGAUGGCUGGCAGGUUCCUUCACGGAUCCUCAAAGAGUUGAUGAUUGUUGGCGUGAGAUUUGAUAUUUGCAACAACCCAGAACAAUUGAGCAGUCUUAUUGACAGUUGUUCUUCUGGACUAAAAAAAUAUUAUAACCAUGCGUUGAAAACAGUACAAUUUAAAACAUCGAAUGAAGUUAAAAUUAUUAUUGCGCUUGAACCAAAUACACAAAGUGUUAUUGGCAGUAUUAUCUUGUUCACCAACAAAUCCAAACUAUCCAAAUAUUUUCCAUUUAUCGAUCAGUGUAUUACAUCUGAUUUCGAUGAACCAUUAAUAGGUGGAAUUGUAGCUCCCGUGAUUGAUCCCCUGUAUGCCAAUCUUUUAGAUAUUUUCAAAUAUGGGUUAAUAUGCAGUGCCAUAACGUUUUUGAAAAGUUUCAAUAGUGAAGUAGCUAUAAAUCAAUGUCUUAUGGUUAAUGUCAAGGAUGAUAAGACUGUAAAAAGUUUAGAGGAUAUUGGGUUCAGGGUUUGGAAAAGUUACUAUGAUUAUUAUGAUCGGAGGGUGGGGAAGUCUAUAGACUUGUAA